CGAAUUUCUUUCACCCUUUCUCCGAGGCUCCGAGCAGUAUUCUUUCCUUCGUAGUUGAAGCAUUCGCACCGUGCUUUCCUUUCCUCUUGGAGCUGAAUAGCAAUCUCUUAUCACGCCGGCGACUUCUCUCCGUCGCGUUCGGUAUCGUUUUCUGGCGAUCUGUGUUGCAAUGGAGUUGACGUCCAUCAGAUGCCCUAAACCUAGCUUUCUGCACAGAGCUCGUCCCACUCCGCCGGUCACGCCAUGUGCUUCGCCGUCUCUUCGCCUCCAUCUGCCUUUAACUCGGCGCUGUUUCAGAUUUUCGAACUUGGAUCGAGCCAUCGUGUCCUCGAGAGUUCCGGGCUUUGGCUUUUGCUAUCCAUAUUCUCCGGUCGUCUCGCUGAAUCGAUCCUUCAUUGCUUUCGCCGCGUCUCACGACGAGUCGAAGCACUCUGAGGUUGAAGUUGAGAAGGAGAAGAGUGACAUAGAUGCAGAAGAUGAGGCAUCCAAGAAAGCAUGGGAACAAGCUCUUGCUUCUUUCAAAGUGCAGGUUUUGAAAAUGCAGAGCGUGUGGGUGGAAGCUUACAAUGUUAACUCUCAGAAAGCAAUGGUCGUCUUGAAGGAAACCUCCGAGCAGCUCAGAACUCAAGCUGAAAAGGCUAAAGAAGAUUUGGGUGCAAUAGCAAAAGAGAUUGGAGCAGAUGGCAAAGAACACAUUUUGAAAGCAGCAGAAGAUUCACCUGCAGAUGUGAAAGAGGUCAUUGAAGCAUUUGCUUCUGUUGAUGAUCUCAAAGAUGUUUCUCAAGUAGAAGACUUUCACAUUGGAAUACCCUAUGGUCUUAUUCUGUUCUUGGGGGGCUUUCUUGCCUUUAUGGUAUCUGGAAGCAUUGCUGCUAUCAGGUUUGGGGUCAUUCUUGGUGGAGCUCUUUUUGGGUUAAGUCUAGCAAGUCUAAAGUCUCGGAAGAAAGGAGAAUCGCCGACAAAGUUCUUAAAAGGACAGGCAGCUAUAACAACAAUCAUAUUUUUGAGAGAGUUGUGGUUGCUGUUGUCUCAGAGAACUUCAUUCAUGGCCCUUGUGACUACCCUUAUCAGCGGCGGCGUAUUAGCGUUCUUUGUUUACAAGAUUGCAGACAAUAAGGGAAAGGGACCGAACUUAGAAGAAGGCCGAGGAGGAGAAAUCUGAAGCUGAAGAAGGUGGUAAGGUACAAUUACCCCAAAAAAAAAAAAGGUUCAAGAAGCCGAGUUAAUAGACAGAGGUUAAGAUGGUAUGGUAAGUUUUUUUCUUCUUCUUGUGGUAAUGAUAAUAUAAAUCUCAAAGAUGGUAUUUUUACGAAUUGUCAUUGAUCUCCGCGA